AUGGCUACUACUCCUUUCGGCUGCUUCUGGACAGAACUUCUGAGGGAGUCAGAAUUACCACGCCAUGUGGAUGAAGCCAAGGUCUGCAGCCAGCUGGAGCAGCAGCAGCCAGUCUUCCCUCUCUUAGUCGUCGGGGCAGACCUCAUACUUCCAUCAGCCAAGCAGCUGGGUGGCCCAAGCUCCUGCUCCACUGUCCACGGCACACUUAAUACAGCCCAUUCCGAAGAGGAGGAAGGGGUGACGAAGCCGGACGCUGCCGGCGGUGGGGCCGGUAGCCUCGCGGCGCGGCAUCCGGUGCAGGUGGCCGCCACCAUCCUUAGCUCCACCACCAGCGCGUUCCUGGGCGUCCUGGCUGACGACCUGAUGCUGCAGGACCUGGGCCGCGGCCUGAAGAAGUCGAGUUCCUUCAGCAGGCUGUUGGGCGCCUCCCCCAUGGCUCCGCGUAAGAAGACCAAGGCGGCCGCGGGCUGCCUGUUGCUCGGCAACAACCCCAGGGGACGCCAAACCUCCCCAGAGCCGGAGCGCUCGGCCUGUGCAUCCGGGGUCCUGGGUGCGCCGAUAACACGAGGGCGCAGGCGCCUAAAGGAAGGGGCCGAAGCCUCAAGAGACCCAUGUCACCCUCUUCCAUCCCGGGAAACGAGGCGAGCUUCUUCGAGAUGCCCCGGCUCGGGGACAACCGCUCCCCUCCCCGCACUUCUCGACCGGCAGUUUCCGCGCGAAGGCCUCGGGAAGGGAAAGAGAGCCGCAGACCAAGCAAAAGGCUCAGCCUUCAGACGCAACAUCCAGGACACUGCAGACAGAGGUCAGGCCCGGCCCAGUUGCAGCCUGCGGGGGAGGUGCGGGAUCGCCGCGGGAGAGCAGUGCCCCCUGCUGGCCACUCCGCGGGGCCCGCUCCCGGGCUUCAGCCCCCGGCCGAUAAAGCUCUGUGGCGCACUCGCUCCUGCCCUCCGAAGGGAGAGAACCCGGGCGGCGGGAGCGGGCCAGACGGAAGGGCCGGCGCGGGAAGGGUGGUCCUACUUUGGGGGCUGGCGGGGUGGAGCACGGAACCCUCGUAAUUACUCCCGCGAGGAAAAACCCGGUACAAAACCAGAGUUCAGUCCAACCGGAAGAAGGCGGACGCCCCCUCUCCCCACCCCAGGCUCCGCCCGCCCAACCCAGGCUGGGAGUGCUCUUGUUUGAAAUACACAGUUCCCGCUGGCUUAAUAGACGGCGUUCAGUGUGUUUCUAAAAGCACAUAAUGGACGAACAAAAAGGCAGAAAUUAGCAGCUUUCAUCCAUCCCGAGCGCCUCUGAGCUAGCUCGCUGGGCCGAGGCUCUGGGACCGGAGGCCCCGCCCACAGUGCUCAAAGGAGAGAAGCAAAGCAUAAUGUUAGAACCCGCAAUGUCCUCCUCAGGAGUCCCAUAUGUUUUUUAUAAAAAGGCACAGUGUGAGCAUUGUUCUGUGCUCAAUACCGCGACUGUUUUAACUAAUGCUGUUGGUAUGAAUACGACCAUUUACAAUUCCCAACCCCAUGCAUUUUGUGACAAUAAGCAUCAGAAAACAAAGCCAGAAGCAGAAAUUUCUCACUUGGGGGGUCACUUGGCUUUAAAUACACAGACACAUGCCUUUUAAUCUGCCCAACUCCAAAAAUACCCUGAACCUUAGCAGCACGAUGUUCUUAUCCUCGUGUUUGCUGCAACAUUAACAAAGCAGAUUUUCACAGCUUUCUCUUGAACCUGACCCUUGCACACCGGGCUGAUGCAUAGAUGGGAUUUGUCUUGUCUCACACCACC